AUGGGUGCUGCGGGCUCCAAGCUUGAGAAGGCUCUUGGUGACCAAUUCCCCGAAGGAGAACGUUACUUCGGGCUCGAGAAUUUCGGCAACACUUGUUACUGCAACAGCGUCUUGCAGGCACUAUAUUUUUGUGUUCCUUUUCGUGAACAAUUACUAGAGUAUUAUGGAAAUAACAAAAGCAUAUUGGAUGGGGAAGAAAAUCUUUUAACUUGUUUGGCGGAUUUAUUUUCGCAGAUAAGUUCCCAGAAGAAAAAAACUGGCGUUGUUGCUCCCAAACGAUUUGUGCAGAGGCUGAAAAAACAGAAUGAACUCUUCAGAAGCUAUAUGCACCAGGAUGCCCACGAAUUCUUGAACUUUUUGCUGAAUGAACUUGUUGACAUUCUGGAGAAAGAGAGUCAAGCUGCUAAAACUGAUCAGGAGACCUCACCACCUUCUGAAAAGGCUGUUAAUGGGCCCAAAAAUGCUCAAGCUAAUGGUGUUCACAAAGAACCAUUAGUUACUUGGGUACACAAAAAUUUUCAGGGAAUACUCACCAAUGAGACAAGGUGCUUGCAAUGUGAAACAGUGACAGAUAGAGAUGAAACAUUUUUAGAUUUGAGUCUUGAUAUUGAGCAGAACAGCUCAAUUACAAGCUGUUUGAAAAAUUUCAGUUCCACUGAGACACUGCAUGCUGAAGACAAAUUUUUUUGUGACAAGUGCUGCAGUUUGCAAGAAGCUCAGAAGAGGAUGAAGAUAAAAAAACCACCUCACAUCUUGGUCAUCCAUCUUAAGCGGUUUAAGUACAUGGAACAGCUUGGCCGCUACAAGAAGCUGUCUUAUCGGGUUGUUUUUCCCCUGGAGCUAAAGCUGAGUAACACUGUUGAAGAUGCAGAUAUAGAGUAUUCUCUAUUUGCGGUAGUUGUCCAUGUUGGGAGUGGACCCAACCAUGGGCAUUAUGUCAGCCUUGUGAAAAGCCAUAACCACUGGUUAUUUUUUGAUGACGAAAAUGUAGAGAUGAUUGACGAAUCUGCUGUGCAGACGUUCUUUGGAUCAUCACAGGAAUAUUCAAGUAAUACAGACCAUGGGUACAUUUUGUUCUAUGAGAGCCUUGGCUCUGGUAACAGAAAUUAG